AGAGAGGAGAAAGCGGAGACAGGUAGCAACGCUGUGGACUGGUGAUGACAGGCUCUUCAGCUCCCUGCAAGUGACCGGGCCUGGGGAACAGGGCAUGGCACAGGCACACAGGACCCCCCAGCCCAGGGCUGCCCCCAGCCAGCCCCGUGUGUUCAAGCUGGUUCUCCUGGGAAGUGGCUCCGUGGGUAAGUCCAGCUUGGCUCUUCGGUACGUGAAGAACGACUUCAAGAGUAUCCUGCCUACGGUGGGCUGUGCGUUCUUCACAAAGGUGGUGGAUGUGGGCGCCGCCUCUCUGAAGCUUGAGAUCUGGGACACAGCUGGCCAGGAGAAGUACCACAGCGUCUGCCACCUCUACUUCAGGGGCGCCAACGCUGCGCUUCUGGUGUACGACAUCACCAGGAAGGAUUCCUUCCUCAAGGCUCAGCAGUGGCUGAAGGACCUGGAGGAGGAGCUGCACCCAGAAGUCCUGGUGAUGCUGGUGGGCAACAAGACGGACCUCAGCCAGGAGCGGGAGGUGACCUUCCAGGAAGGGAAGGAGUUUGCCGACAGCCAGAAGUUGCUGUUCAUGGAAACUUCGGCCAAACUGAACCACCAGGUGUCGGAGGUGUUCAAUACGGUGGCCCAAGAGCUACUGCAGAGAGGCGACGAGGAGGGCCAGGCUCCACGGGGGGAUGCAGCUGUGGCUCUGAACAAGGGGCCCGCGAGGCAGGCCAAAUGCUGUGCCCACUAGGUGCAGCCACUCCUGGGGGCUGUGGGGAAGACGCCCCUUGCCUGGGCCAUGGCCAGCUCUAGGUGGAUUCUGAUUCACUGUCAAUGCUGGGUUGCUCCCCAGCCCUAGAUGUUCCUGGAAGUUGGCCCCCUUUAUAAAAACCACUUCCCACAGCCAGUGGGAACUGCCAGAGGAAGAUCUGGCGUCGCAUGGCUCCCAGGAAAGUGCUGUGCCCUAUCCCCACUGAUACCAUCUGAUUCCCCGAUGCCUGUGCCUGUUCCACCUGGACGGUGGCCCCCUCAGCCUGGCAGCCUCUGGACAGAGAGGAAGGAAGGAUUGGAAAAGUCCCCGGAGCACAGUGACGGUGGGAAGAUGCCUUACGUCUGAUCUUGAUGGGGGCACUGGCCCGGAGCCUGGGCCCACCUGCUUCUGGGGGGUUGGGGAGCAGGCCCAGAUGGAGGUGGUGGUGCCAGGAAGAAAUGGAGCGAUGACUGACUGUGGGGUGGGCCCAGGAUUUCCGCAUCUUGGUGAAGUUGCCCCUGGGAAGGGCAGCUGGGGGCAGUGGCGCCAGUUCCCUUCCAUGGUCUCCCGGCUGGCAAUGUGGUGAAGCUGAGUUUCUGUCCAAUGUGCAGGAAGAUUCUGAGACAUUUCGCCUGAGAUAUAAGUUGUACUGCGUAUGCAGUUUUUUCUCCAAAAAUUAAAUUGCUUUUGACAAUCUG